AUGAUGGGAAAGACAUCCAACGCAUACGCCAAACUUCCAUGGCUAGCAACAUUUGCAACAUGCUUACAGUGGAUCUCGCUCAUCUUGAUCACUUUGAUCCUAGUUUGUCCAUCACCAUGGGAGCAUAAUUCUGUCUCUUUGUUCGUCAUUACGCCUCAACAAUCCAACACUGUUUCGAUCAGCGUCCCACCUCCAUCUUCGACAAGUUCAAGUGUUUCACCGUCUAUUGCAGCUAGUCAGCCAGCAUCCAACGACCCAGCCUCAUCAACAUCAUCACUUCCAGCACAUUAUCCUGCCAUUCAGACUGCAGCAGCACAAUCAGGUGCAAAUGUCAAAAGGGAACCGAUUGAUGAUACAAUCAUGGCUCAACAACCUCAAAUUAAAGAAGUCAUUUCAAAUUCUUCUUUUCCAUCUCCUUUGGGAGGAGGUGUUAAUGUGACCUCUGUAAACGUAAGUCAAUUGACUGAACCAUCAAGUUGGAUUCAAUUAAGAAUUGGUCCACUGGGAAGUUGUUUUCGUACGGCUGAUGGACGUGAAUCAUGUACACCUGCAAAGCUAGCAGCUUCUUAUCAAUACAAAGGCUUACAAGGGAUUAUGAAUACCACUGCUUCUCCUGGUAUCAACGUUCAAGAAUUAUUGCCAGAUAGUAUGACAUUUUAUGCAACAGUAUUGCUACUGUUGACCAUUAUGCUAUUGUGUGUUUGUAUUUUUACAACCACUCACUUGGUCUUGCUCUUCCGUCACAAUAAGCAAUUACAACAAUCCACCACAGCUUCACAAGCGAUCACAACAUUUUUCAAGCCUACAUCAAUGUGGAAAUCAUUAAUGACAGCAAUCACAAAAUGGUUCUUGAUUGUGAUUGCGAUGAUUUUGGUUGUUGCAAGUGCAAUUCAAAAGUAUCGUUUGAGUAACGCAAAAAAUUCGUUCAAUUCUGCCAAUCCGAUCGCUAAUGGUUCUGUAGCCUUACAAGCUGAUACUGGAGAUGCAUUUGGAUUUGCUUGGGUUUCAACAAUUUUGCUCAUCAUUACAUUUUGGCUGCAAAGGACGGCAAACAGACGUGAGAAUGCAUUAGAUACUGCACGUAAAGAGUUGCAAAAAACAUUACCACAACAUUUGAUCAAUAAUGAUGCGGAUGGUAAGAGCGGUGGUCAAAGUACUUUGAUCAUGUCUAAUCUCUCUCGUUCUGCAACUUUACCACCCUAUACCCCACCUCCAACACAAGGAUCACAAGAACAAGGAUAUUUUCCACAAGAUUCAAAGAGAGGAAAUACGAAUGAACUUGAUUCGUUUGCAUAUGGAUUGCCUUCAUUACAAAAAGCAUACGAAUCUACUGGCAGAUUAAAUGCAGCAAAAUCUUCACCACCAUUUCAAAUGUAUCAAUCCGAAUUCGGUCAUAGACAGCAACAAGCUUUGGCUGGAUCACCUUUACGUCAAAUGAACUCAAUUCCUUCUUCUUCAACUUUGAAACUUCAUCAACAACCGCAACUUGGACAUAUGCCAAGCUUACAUUAUGAUCAAUCAAGUUUUGGAAAUAAUACGUACGUACAUGAACAAACGUACGAUCUUGGAGAUUAUUCAUACAAUACCGAAGUCUUGGCUGAAGAUGGAACUCCAAAUACAUGUGAUUGUUCAUUCGGACGUAAUCGUCUAGAUUGUUCUUAUCAUUCCACAAACACCACCACCGCUGAUAUUCGAAACAGACGUUUAUCCGGACUCUUACGUCAAAAUUCUCAAAAUUCUCAUUCAACAUUUGGUCAUCAUAUUCAAAGGAUUGGUGGUCAAAGUUCACAUCGUCUUGGCGGCAUGAGCUACAAUAGCUCUAGCCCGAACGGUAAAGAAGAUAGAUGUAAUAGUCCUGCACCAAGUUAUUGGACAAGUUCUUCUGCCCCUGCCGGAUCAUCAUCAACCACUACGCCGCAACAACAAGAAUCGGCAAGACAAGAAAAAGAACGUCAAAGAAUAUUCAUGGCAGAAUUAAGAGCACAAAGAGCUGCAAUGCAUAGUCACUAA